AGCACGGAGGUCGGAAACUUGCAUCCGCCCCUACUUCGCCUUGGUACCGUUGUUGCGGGUCACUGGGAUAAAAAUAACAUGUCACCCCCACAACCACUCCUUGUGAAGUUAAGCGGUAAACAAAACGAACAAGAUCAAGAACAGACCAGAAGGAAGGAACUAGUGGAAGAAUAUUGCAAAAACAAAUCUUCAUCCAACAUGCUUUCCCGUCGUAUACCCAUGGGUAAUUUCUUCGUCAGUGAUAGAUAUAAAGUGCUGUACUGCAAAGUCGGCAAAACCGGUAGCACCACAACCUCUGCUCUGCUUUACAACUUGGAGUUCGGGACAAACUCCAAUGAAGAAGAGUACUGGAAACACCAGGCUACCGCACCGAUGAAAAGGCUGACGUCUUACACGAAGGACGAACAAAGGCUACGUCUGAACACUUACAGAAAACUCGUAGUGGCGCGUAAUCCUCUUGAGAGAUUGGUCUCGGAUUACUUAUUUUUCUUUGGAGGAAAAGAACAUUUCGUCUCAAACGGAAGACAAGUCCGUGACAAUAUGAAGUACCAAGAUAUGCUGGAAACGAUUGGUUGGAACGCAUCAACAACAAAGCUUCCAUACGACGAGGACUACGGCUUUUUUAAAUCCAAAAAUGGAACAUAUCACCUAGUUCCAUUUUUGGCCUUCAUAAGAGCUGUAACAGACGACACAGAUAGAUGGCAAAAUAAUGAGCACUGGGCGCUGGUUUCUGAUUAUUGCCCACUUUGCCAAGUUCAAUUUGACUUCAUUGCCCACACUGAGACUCUAGCUACUGACUUGAACACCUUCUUUCGAAACGUCGUUGGUGUCAAAGGAAAAGAAAACAUUUUCCCUCGAGCGAAAGAACGCCAGGGCAAGAAAAAGAUCUUGGAUGUUUAUCGAGAAAUACCACUAAAAGAAAUACAACGUAUUGAAAGAAAGUACAAGCCGGACUUUGACGUGUUUGGCUAUUCUGCUGAGAAAACUAUUCUUCAGCUACUCCAGCUGACUAAGUGAAGGCAUCGCUAAGGCCACAGCAAGUAAACUGUAUGGAUGACAUCAGCGCUCUCAUUAAUUUUCGCCUGAUUUCAGGGGGGAAAGGGGAUGAUCAGCGAAAAUAGGCAAACAUUCUGUAUAGCAGCCUUAUUAUACUUAUUAGUAGAAGUUACACUAGGGAGGUAGCCAUGACUAUAGUUGCAGAAGUGAAACUUGUUUGAUAGUUGUAAAAGUGCCACCAAUAUGGAAGUCAUGAAUGUACCAAUAGCCAUACUAGUGUACCACACUAUUAUCACUUCUAUAGUACACUAUUUAACUUCUUAAUACAGGAAUGAAUACCUUGUUAGUUGUGAUGCCACGUUUUGUUAUUUCAAAUCUUGUUAUGGCGUUUAUGAUGUCUAUUUUAAAAAUUUAGCCAUCUUGCUUUUCUAACUCUACAUAGGAGGUCAUCCAGAGAAUUUAUUUACUGUGGCCUAAAGAUGCUGUAGACGCUUCAAAUAAAUAUAUA